AUGGAUGUGGAAAGGUUAAUGAAAGACUUGACGGUGGAGCAGUUAUCAGAAAUCUAUACUUCUUUAAGGUAAAUUUUUGAAAAUUGUAGUUUGACUUAUCAAAAUUUUAAAAAUUGUGUUUUAUCAUCUGUAACUUUUUAAAAAUGGCGUUUGAACGAAACUAGCUAAAAUUGAUGUUUCAUUUGCUCUUGGGAUGCUGAAGAUCGUCUUAAAAUAAAAAAAUUAAAAUCAUUCUAAAAAUCAAAACUUUAGUAAAGAGAUAGAAACAAAGAAAGAAGAGCUUCGGCAGAUGGUCGGACGUCGUUAUCGUGACGUUCUGGAAGCCUCAAAUACGGUAAAACGUUUGAAUGAGCUGUCGGAUGCGAUAGUAAGACAAUUGGGUGAGACCCGAACAGUGUUGGCACCAUUCGAAAAACGACCAGUCGGGUUGGAACAGUCCAAAGCCAAGCGACUGACUACGCAAAGGUUUAUUCUACUCAACGCUGUAACUCCAUUGGUAAGGAGUUUGAUUUAUUUAAAUUUGAUUAAAAAGUGGUUUUUUGAUGGUCAAAAAGUUUAUGGAAUAUUCGAAGUUAUUUUUAAGGUCAAAAAGUUUAUAGAAUUUGGAUAAAGUUAGGCUUUAAUCUUAUGGUUCUGGGAAAAAAUCUAAAAAUGUGUCAUCUCAAAGAGCAAAUCGACCAUUUAUUAGUCGCUUCGCAGGGAAGAAACGACCGGUAUAAUUUCUCCGGCUUUUUGAACGUACGAUCUAACUCUGACUUCAAUGAAGCCGAGUUUCGAACCGAAACGCCUUCGAAACCGGACAACGCGCCAAGCGGGGUUUGAACUUGUCAUUUCUAGCGCGUGAGGCAAAGAAAAGAACCACUCGGUCAUGCGAACACGAGUGGGGAAGGGCAAUGUUUUUGACUCUAACUUUAAGGGAGAGACAGAAGUAGGCUAGUAAAUCGUUAAUAAGAGUUUUUUGACAUAAAUUUGGAAAGUCAAUUACUUUACUUAAAAAAAAAUUAAAUUUAUAACAUAUUUUAAAAAAUUCAUAUUUUUUUAAUUUUAAUUUUCAGUUAGACGAACCGAUCAAUGGCAUAACAGACGUGUUUAUAUUGUUAUUGGCCGAAUGUCUUCAAAGAUCAAUCGCGUUGGAUGGAACAGGAUUAAGUCCAGAACUAGAAGUCUUAAUUAAAGCCCUGGGAGACCAAUUGAUUAAUCAUCGACUCAAAUUGAAACAAAGGUUGAUGGCAGAACUUGGUGACAUAACAGAAUGGACGAGUUUGGCUGGUCAACUGGUCGGAAUCGGAAUGCUGAAUCAGACAAGCCCCGAGGCUUUGAUGAAAAGUUAUUUGGAGGCUAGAUUGGUGGGUUUAAGGGCUUUAAAAUUUUGUUUAAAAAACUUUUUUAAAAAUUUCAAAUUGAAAAAUAUGUAAAAUGGUAGUAAGAUUGGUGAAAGCUAAGUAAUAUAAUUUUAGCUAGCUAUUACUGGAACCCUAGAAUCCUCAACUUUGAUCGGAAUCAUUGGUCAAAUCAAAGAGACGACAGAAGUCAUGGAUAAGGUGUUUGGAAGUGGAAAAGGGCUAUAUUUGUGCUUUAAUACUGUCACAAAGCCUGGAUGGUGCCCAGGUUUGUAAUUAGCCGAAUUUUAUAAAAUACGCAAGAAUUUUUUACAUUAUUAACGUAAUUCUUUAUUAGGUUUUUCAAAUAAUUCUGUGCUUCCUAACCCUUAAAAUUUGCUUUGAGGAGGGACACAUAAUUAUUUGAACAACCUAUUAUUAAUAUUUUUUAUUACCUGGUCAUGUUCAGUUAAUCAUAAAAGCUUCAACUAUGAUGUCAUUCCAGAUAUCAUCCGCACAACAGUCAACGACCAGCUUAGUAUUCACACCAGACUAUUUGAAACUGAACUGACCAAAGCCAACCGAUCAUAUCGAACAGAAUUCACUCAGGUACCAGCUGAUCAAGUGGUACAAGCCGUAGCCCAAUGGACCGAAAAUUUGUGUUCAGAAGCCAAGGAAAAUGUCUCAAAGAUUGCGAGAUUCUUUGAAAGAACCGACGAACUGGUCGAUUUUGUGCUGGCUGCCAACGAACUUUUCAGAAAUGUAAGGGUAAUACAUAUAUCAUGAUGAGAUAUAUAACCUCUUAACGUUGACUUUGGCUUUGCUCUAGACCUAAUUUUGAGCUUGAAGAGGAGAAAGAGGAGGAAGGACCAAAGCCUGGACUUUAAAUUUGUGAUCUCUAGCUUAUAUUAUCAGUAAUUUACUUUGCUUAUGAAGUUUUGAGGUCUAAUUCACAAAUAAUUCCAAAAAUUUCAGGAAUGGCCAGGAGUAGAAAACCCUCGCCUCAUUUACCGUCGUUUAUUUGGCGAAGCCCUAUUCCAACGAUUCGCUGUGCUGAUUGGAAGUGAAAUAAAGGAAAUGGAAUCGGAAUUGGUCGAUAGAAUACCUAAAGUUAACUGCAAUCCACCACCAUUGUUUCACAAAAGAGCCACCAAGUUUGAUGGCUUAUUGGCUAGUGGCGUUUCACAGGAAUUGAAUGCGUAAGGGUUUAUUGGGUUGUUCACGUAAUUCUGGGCUCUCUAACUCUGAAAAUUUGAUUUGAGGGCGUAGAAUUAUUUGAACAACCUGAUAUUUUAUAAUUUAGGUUUAGAUAAGGAAUAGUAUAAUUUCGAAUAAAUUAAGAAAAAAUAGGUGAAAAAAAAUUUUUAAAUUUAAUUUUUCAAAAUAUUUUUUUUAAUUUUUAAAAUUUUUUAGAGUCGUUCAAAAGUUCUUCGAACGCCUCCGGAACCUGAACCACAGAACGAAUAAGUACAUCCAAUUGGGACACGAAGAAAAUGUAGAAGAAUUGAGAAAGUUCAUUGUAAAAGAAGUUAUUGCGUUCUUGAAAAGGUGAUUUUAAAUUUCGGUUAAGCGUCAUUUAAAGGCAAUUUACAUUUCAAAUUUUGAUUAAAAAAUCAAUUUUUUUAUAGUAGGAUUUUCAAAUAAUUCUGUGCCUUCUAAUUUUUAAAAUUUGCUUUGAAAGGGGCACACAAUUAUUUGAAUAACAUAAUAUUUUUUACGCCAUUAUUUAUAGGACCUAUGACAUUACUUGAAAAACCUAAUACUUUUUUUUUCAUUUUCAGAAUCACAGAGAAGCAUUCAGAAGAAAUCGCAAAUCGUGACUUGUCAGUAGCCGUCCUUCCAUCAGACGAAAAUCAACGAUGGCUAAAGGAAUUUAGAUUGUAUUUGGCAUUAGUACAGUUUGAACCAUCAAUCAUCAGUCAGUGUAUGGGUGAUGACACGGAAUCAGCUGUUGAAGCCAACAAGGUACUACAUCAGGCGGCUGAGACUGCAUUAUGGUAAGGGAUUGCGUUGGAGUUGGAAGCGAAAAUUUUUUAGAAUUAUGUUAAUAUUGGGUUGUUAAAAUAAUUCUGUACUUUAUGAAAUUGGCUUUAUGUGGUUAAGGAACACAGAAUCAUGUGAACAACAUAAUAGCAAGAUUUCAGUUAGAUUUUUUGGUUCUUUUGAAGAUUUUUCAUUGGAAACUCAAUUUUUUGGACUUUUUAUAGCUUUUUUAAUACUGAUAACGAUAACAUAGAGUAUGAAAAUUAAUGUUUUAUGAAAUUUGGGUUAAAAAGGAAUGUUUUCAGCCAUUUGAUGGACUAUAUAAUAGACGAAGCAGUACAAGACACUGAGUUGAACAAGUUGAAAGAAAGUUGUGAAGUUGCCUUCAAGUUUGUGGACUAUGUUCAGGUAUGAUCACAUUCUUAUUCUUGUCUUCUGUUUAUUCCACUGUUGUUAUCUUGUAUAUUUACUGUAGCUUAAGAGUAGUUUUUUUAUUCUGGACUUACUCGACCCUGUGGUUACUCUGCUCUGAUCUUUUCCUUGGUCUUACUCUACUCUUACUCUAUGUUUUUCUUCUCUGCCCUCUGGCCUUAUAGCUGUCUGACUCUAACUGCUUUUACUCAUGUUUUUCUUGACAUAUUUUACAUUGCUGUUAUAUAUAAAUUGUAUAGUAAGAAGUAAAUGUAUACCGUUCAAUAAAAUACUUUCAGAAUUGCGAAAGAAUCCCCCUAGGAACAGUCGAAAAACCAAAGAAAGAAGAACCAAAACAAGUUGAAGUAGAUCUAAACGAAGAAAACGGUGAGAAACCGGAAGAAAUAAAGCUUGAGCAACCAGCAAAGGAAGAAAAGGAAGUUGAAACAGACGUUCAAGCUUUUAUUGAAGUGCCAACUCAAAUCAAUAGGUAAGGCAAUGAUAAUGUUGAAUUAUCAAAGCGAGAAAAGUUUUAAUGAGUAAUAGAAAAUAUAUUACGUAUAUAUUUAUAAGCAUUAAGGUCUGUGUGUACGUCUCUGGGUGGUUAGAGGUUAUGUAUAACAUUUCUGGGUAGAUUAUAGAGGUUAUGUGGGAAGGUGUUAUAUUGUAGUAGUUACAAGUUGAUAACAAAGCAAGUUUUACUCGUUUUAUGCCCAAAUUUGUAAUGGAAUUGAGUGUUUUCUAUCUUCCAUGUAUGACUUGAGCUGUGCCAUAAUCUUUUCAUCGGUCAUCCUGUUUUGGGCUCUCCAUUCUUGACCUUGCUCGGCUAUGAUUAAUAGCACUUCAUAAGGUGACAUAGGUUGUGGACUGAAAGGAUGAAAAGGGUAAUAUAAAAUAUUUCACAGUGGAAAGACGAGUACUAACCUAAUAAUAUAUAGUUUGUUGUUUAGCUCAGAGCUUUUUGAACAACCAAAUAGUUUUUGCUAUAGUGUGUUUCUUAGGUUCAAUUAGUGACUAUAGCACUAUACUGUUCGCCAUAGCUGUUUUUUCUUUAGCAAAUGUUUAGUAAAGACAGUAUUAGGUGCCAACAUAACGAACCCACAAUUUUUUACAGGAAUUUACAGGCAAAGUAUGGCGGGUUCUUUAUGUCGGCACCUAAUAUAAUGUCGUUAAGCAAGGUGAGUAGCAAAGUUUAUCGUAAACUUACAUGUAGUCUCCUACAGGUUCUAUUGUGGAGUUUUCGUCUUCAGAAGUGUCCGCAGAGUGUGAGGUAUGGUUGUUGGGACUAACAGUAGCAAUAGGUCGGGCACUUUUGUGUUGUACUUUUGCUGUUUUUCUAAUAGGACGAAGAGCCUUUUUGUUGUAACGAAGACGGUGGCUAUAUACUGGACGUAAGACUCGUCUUCCAUACCUAACAGUGCUGUUGUUUUGACGUCUUUUCAAAAUAUUUUGGAAGUUGUUGAACCGAUGGCUUUUUCUAAUAUAUCUGGUAGUUUUGGUCUUAUAGUUGUUGGUAUUGGUCGAGCUUUUGUAUAGGCGAUAUCUUAACGUUUUGGAAAUUCGAUUGUUUGUUGGUCGCCGGGACAAAAUGUUGAUCUUGGACAGUCUAUCCAUGGUAUACUUUACUCUUUGCUGGUAGAGUACUUAAAGUUACUGUGAAACACGGUAUAUUGAAGUAUACUAUUAGUGCGUCUAGAAGUAACAAUCCGCGUUUUUUACUACAAAUUUGACGAAGGCUAGCUAAAAAACAUCGACAAAGGCAAUAUUUAUUUAAUAAUUACUAUCGUCAAUAACGACUUUUUUAUCAAUUACUGGGCAAUUUUUCGAUAUCAUCGGGAAAAAGUUAAUAAAUAAGUUAUAAAACCCAAAAAAAUGAUAAAAACUGAGCUUGCGCACCGAUCGAAAGACUAAAAUAAGAUACUAAAUGAAUGUGUAGACUCUAACAUAGGUUUGGUUUACAUUUACCAACGCGCACACAGCUUUAAACUUUGACACACUAAAUGAAUGUGUAGGAUGUCUAAGAUAAGUUCGAUUUACAUUUAUUAACGCGCACAAAACUUUAAUCUAGCAGUGAAAGGGGAAUAUGUUAACUUAAGCGUUGUUUUUUUUUAUUUUUACGUCAUAUGUUAUUUAUAUUAGCAAUGAGUGUUAUAAAACAAAAAACAUGUCUAAGAAACACAGAAAAAAAAAUAAACAAGAUUAAAGUACAGUAUCUUUAUUUAAAAUCUUUGAAUAAUUUCAAUUUUAUAGUAUAAAAUUAAUAAAUAAAGCAAUGUCUUAUUAUAUUAGGUUGUCAAGAAGUUAUUUUGAAAACCUAUAAACAAUUGAAUUUAUGCCAAUCUUUAAAAAAUUGUCUUUUAGCUAGGGUUGGUCGCAGGGCAGGGCACUGGCUUAGUAACAGGGCAUUUUUGAUUUUUUUUGGCGUGCUUUUUCUUUAAAUUUUUUUGAUUAAGUCUAAAAACGCAAAAAUUUUUAGAAAUGGGUUUUAAACAAUGUUAAUCUAUUUUACUUUGUUAUUGUCCUGAUAACGAUUACAGUUUUCAAGAUAUGAGUUUGGCGGAAAAACGAAAUUCAAAAAUGCCCUGUUGAAAUGCCCUGCCCUGCGUCCAAUCCUGCUUUUAGCUCAGAACUUUCCGGACAAUCUAAUAGUAAACAACGUACGGAGUUUUGUGUUGGUCACAAUGUGUAGUUGUUUUAGUAAACUUAAGAUGGCCUUUUUUUAUUGUAUUUGAUGUCUGUUGCAUUAGCUUGCCCACUCAGAGAGCCCAUUGUUUAUUUUUUUUUGUCGGUCAGAUUAAAGGCUAAGCUAACUAAAACAUUGCAAAAUACGUUUUAAUUUUGCCAUUUCAGACAACUCUUCGCCUUCCUGUACGCAAUAUGUCGUCGAAUUUCUCAAAAUUCAUUUGGCCAUUUAUUCACGAGAAACGUAUCUGUUCAUGUCUCCACCCGACUGGCAGAAAUCAUUUCUACCCUACUCAAGGACUCGGUAAAUGCAGUUCCAGAACAUACGACUCUCGUACUAACUCAACUCCUCUUUGACUCAAGAACGAUGGCUCAAAUGUUCCCAACUAAAAGGUUCGUCCAAGUAGUCGAGGUGAUCAAGAACAAGAUGGAUGUGGUCGAUUGGAAGUUGGUGGAUGAACCGGUGGCUAGAAAUGCGAGGGCUGCGGUCAAAAGAAGCGCGGUAAUUGUUUUUGGGUUACUGUAGGGUUAGGAAGGAAAGUAUGGUUCUGGGUAGAUUUGAAAGAGGGCCCACUCGGUCUGGCCUGGUUCGGCCUUUUUACGGGUCUGUUUUGGAGUUUGGAGCAGGUUGAUUAGCUUUAAAAAAACCUAGUAGAAUUGAAAAAUUAGAAUUGAUUCAAAAUGAAUGGCGCCUAAAAAUGAAUUGAAAAUCAAAAUCCACGUUUCAGAUGCUGUUUGGCCAACUCCAAACCGAUCCUCCAACCGGCUCAAUCUCGUCGAAAGACGCUUCUCAACAAUCAGUCAUUGACGUGCUGCCGAGAAUUGAAGGCGCUCAAAGAAUACCAGCUAUUCCACGCCUCAGCAAGAUCAAGGAAGAGGAGAAGAAGGCCAAGCUAAAGGCCAAACAAGCGGCCGAAGCCAAGCGACAAAACCCCGAAAAGAAUAUUAACCUGGGCGGUAUUUUCGAUUACUUUAUGAAGAAUUGA